AUGCUGCAAGCGCUGCAGAAGACGCACCGUCAUGUGUGUGAUACGACCGUUGGAGCUCUCAAGCGACAGUACAUGUCCUUGUCCAUCGACGCCGGCGGGGACAUGCUGGAGCACAUCCGGCCGACUCGCCUAAUGCUGGUCGAGUUGGAGUGCUACAAGGUGUCGCUGUCCGACGCAGAGAAGAAGAACAACUUCUUGCAGAGUCUCGGUCCCGAUUGGAACGGCUACAUUGGUGCGUUGGAAGCGUGCGGCUCGAUGGAGGAGCUUCUCAUCAAGGCGGCUGCUGGGGCUAGACGCCGCUCAACGCAAGCCCAACGG